AUGGAUUGUCUCAACUACAAUCUGGCCUGUUCGCCGAAGAUUGACUUGCCCCAGGCUGCUGAUAGUUUGUGGAGGAGGCUCUACAUUCGCGGAGUGGACGAUGACCUAGAGAGGUUUCACAGUUUUCGCCCUGGAGGAUACUGUCCUAUCCAUCUGCACGACGAGAUUAACGACGGCCAGUACCGCAUCAUCCAUAAACUCGGCCACGGCGGAUAUGCGACUGUAUGGCUCUGCCGAGACCAGCACGCCGAUACACCGUCAUACGUCGCCGUUAAGAUUCUCAUCGCCAGCGAGGCGGAAAAAGACAGCUGUAGUGAGCUACUGCUGGCUGCUAACCUGACGAGAGAAAGAGAAAGAGAAAGAGAAGGCAUAGAUAAGGUGAAUAAGCUUGUGAGCCAGAGCCCCAACGGAACACACGUCUGCCUUGUGUAUCCUGUACUGGGGCCGGUGGCACGAGAUGCGGCAAAUAUAUUCGACGGACAAGUGGAUUACAUCGAGAUUCUCCAAGAGAUAUCGCGACAGGCGGUUGCGGGUCUGGCUGCACUGCACAGCCGUGGCAUCUGCCAUGGAGAUUUCCGGCCUUGGAAUAUUCUUCUGGAGCUACAGGGUCUUGAUGGCCUAGACGAGGAGCAGGUGCUCUCCCUUCUCGGAGAGCCAGAAACGACAGACGUUCACAUUCGCACCGACUCUCGGCCAACUCCGGAAAUGCCUUAUGCCCCAAAAUACCUCGUCUACCCGCCUGACUUUGGAGACGUCUAUCUUUCCGUCAUAUCACGACGUACGCAGGUUAUUGACUUUGGCCAGUCAUUCGACACAUCUCAGCGACCGCCCCCUGCAGCCUUCGGCAUUCCGGCCAACUAUGCGGCGCCAGAGGUGGUCCUCGACAGUUCAGGCAGCACACCCAUGGAUCUCUGGUCUCUGGGCUGUACACUGUACGAAAUACGGCUCGGUCGGCGACUUUUUGACGUAUUCCAGCUGGUCGGCCUCCGUAAGGAGGACUACCCGUGGGCAACAUACUACUCCGAAUCGGACAACGAAUCAGACACCGGCGCGACUCCAUCUAAUCCGCUUUCAGGGAAUGGAGAUACAUGCAUCGAGCCGCAAGUGGAACGCCCCCGUCCCAUUCAAGAGAAACUCGCCAGUUGCCACGACUGUACUGGGCAGGGCUGCGCUCAUCCGCGGUUUCAGCUCAUUUCAGAAGCUGAGGCUACGAUCCUGGCGGACCUGCUGGAAAGACUGUUAAGAUACCAGCCGGAAGAACGGCUUAGCGCGCAGGACGUGUUGAAGCAGGCGUGGUUUCACACACAAUUCUGA